CUCGGGUCUUUUCAAAGUCUGAUAUCCGACAUGGUUUUUACCACGUCGCAGUCCGACCGAAAGACCGGCCCAAAACUGCUUUUGUCCUGUUCGAGGGCACGUGGCAUUGGAUCCGGUGUCCCAUGGGAAUUUGUAACGCCCCCGCAACAUUCCAGCGGGCCAUGAAUAUGGCCUUCGCCAAGUUCGUUAACAAAACCCGUUUGACACAGCCGUUGAUAAAUUUAUGUGUGAUUGUGUACAUGGAUGACAUUUUGGUCUUUUCCAAAACCUACGAGUACCAUGUGGAACAUGUCGAAUGGGUGUUGCAUGCGUUGAAGGAUGCGGGGUUCAAAGUGGCUUUGGAGAAAAGCGAGUUCUUUCUGUCCGAAAUUUCCUUUUUGGGCUACAUUGUCACGAUCGAGGGACUGAAACCGGAUCCCAGGAAGGGAGCAGCGGUUCGAGAAGCCCUGGCCCCGGUCACGCUCGCCCAGGUUCGAGCCUUCCUAGGGCUGGCCUCUUAUUAUCGACGCUUCAUUCGGAGCUUUGCCUGCCUCGCCAAGCCACCGACGAACCUGCUGAAGAAGGAGGAGCAGCUGAUCUGGACGCCGGAAUGUGAGGCGGCUUUUCAGGCACUCAAGGAGGCUCUGACAUCGGCACCCGUGUUGGCGCGUCCCGAUCCGAUGAGACAGUUUGCGCUGCAUACUGACAGGCAGCCGCAGACGAUAUCGGCGGUGCUGACUCAGCAGGGAACGGACGGAAGGGAGCACGUUAUUCAGUAUGGGUCUAAGACGCUGAGUCAGGCGUUGUCUAAUUACGAAGCAUGCAAAGGGGAAUGCCUGGCGGUGGUGUGGGGGAUUGAGCAUUUCCGACCGUAUCUUUACGGCCAGAAAUUCGUGCUGGUAACGGAUCAUCAGCCGCGGCUGUCCCUACGCCACAACACGGACUACACAGGGACGCUGGGAAGGUGGGCGGUGCGCCUGCAGGACUAUGACUUCGACAUUCGCCACCGUGCCACGCGGCAGCAUGGCAACGCCGAUGGAUUAACGUGCCUCCUACCGCCCAACAAGUGUCCCACCAACGAGCGACUCAUUCCGUGGAAGCCGGAAGCCAUCCUGACGGAGCCGCGCUAUGGGGGGCUGCACGAGCAUGAACUGCUCGAGCACUUCCAGCCGCCCAUCUCGGAAGCUCUUCUCCGGAACCGGUUCAAUGACGAUCGGCAGUUACGCUUCGACAUUCAGCAAGUGAACGUGUCGGCACCCAGCAUUGCAGACUUGGUGGUGUACUCGCUCCUCGCGCAGCGUGUGACGUACGCGGGCGUCUAUGUGGACAUAUCGCAAGUGCCUGGUCAAGAAUCCACGCGAGUGCUCAUCGAGUUCCAAACCAUCCAGUACCUGGUGGAGCUGACGGACGUCGAGCAGUUGUCGCCCGCUGACGAGGACGCGUGGGAGCUGCAUCGGGCACUGUAUUCGUCGGUGGUGCUGGGCAUGUUUACAUUCUUCGUGGAGCACGAAGUUCAUAACGUCGACGAGUUCCUCUACGUAUACUACGUAAUUGCCAAGCCGAAGCCAGAGCGAAAGGAGGGAACGGUGGUGCUUUACUCUUUCGGGAGGAUUGGAACGAAUCGCCCGGGGCUCUUGCAGCUCAUCCACAUCGAGCUGCUGUCCAUUGCGCAGGUAAUCGCCGCAGAAGAAGAAGACUUGCAGUUCAGACUCCAGACCGCCUCCGCCCCGUGCAGAGCGUAUAACGCGGCGGUGAUACCUGAUUACCUGGCGCGUGAGGGGGAGUCCGUGGUGGAUUUCGGGCACGAAGACAAGCCGCUGCGGCCUCCAUCAUCGUAUCCAGAGCCGGCGGCCCUGAAGGCACCAAGAAAGAAAACUGUCCCGAAGCGGCGACGAAGUCCAUCGCCGGAAGCUCAGGCCAGUCGGGUGGGGCCGGUCGAGGAGGUUGUCCAGCCUGCGCCGGUGCGCGGAGUCGAGCUGAUUCGCGAGAGAAGAGCCACCCUCAUCAUCGGGGCCCGACUGGGGGAGGACUGCCCCGCCGAAGAACCGCGGAGAUCCACAGGCCAUCGGGAGUCGACACCUCAGCGGCCCCUCCUCCCCGAUUUCAAUAGCCAUGCAGCCGGGCCAUCAGGCGCAGGGGGGGGGAUUGGGACGAGUUCCAUAUCCCGCAUCUAGACCCCCCCUCCUUGCAGGACCGUUCUGAUUUCACCAACCCCCCUGGGAUACCCCGGUCAUUGAUAUUAGCAGUUCCCCCGAGCCG